AGCAUCCCAAUCCUCAUCUGGAUCGGGGUGCCGAGGGCUAAAACUCUUGAAAAUUAAGUGUUAAGUGCAAUUCAAUGCCAGUGGCAAAUGUUCAAUUACUGCAGGAUGAUUUUCUAGUUUUUUCAGCAUAAGCUGCAAUGAUCUCGCCGGAACAAGAAGAGGUCAAUAUGGUCCUGGAUCGCCAUGUGCGCCAGAAUAUCCAGGACAUGAUGCACGAGGCUCAUGUGCAGGCGAGCUUGCUAGAGAGCGAAGCUGCAGGUCGCGACCGCUUUCAUUCCGACUCCAGCUUAGAUCAGGAUUCCCUUCACGCCGACGACUCCAUGGCCGUCAUAUGUGACACCCUGUCCGCCGAUGGCAUCGUCGAGGAGGACCUGACCCACGAACAGGGCGGUGUCGAUGGCAGCCAGGUGCAAAACUACCAUGACAUGAUGGUGGACACGGACCAUCACAUCGACAUCAAUGGAUCGUUGCGCAAGCGCCGUGGAAAUCUACCCAAGCACUCGGUUAAGAUCUUGAAGCGUUGGCUCUACGAGCACCGCUACAACGCGUAUCCCAGCGAUGCAGAGAAGUUUACACUCUCCCAGGAGGCGAAUUUGACGGUGCUUCAGGUGUGCAACUGGUUUAUCAAUGCACGUCGCCGCAUUCUGCCCGAGAUGAUUAGACGCGAGGGUAACGAUCCAUUGCAUUUCACGAUAUCGCGACGUGGCAAGAAGGUCAGCCCGAACUCCUCGGGAUCAAGCUCGGGAGCGUUGGGCCUGAACUUGGCUGGGACCCCAAAUCCUAUACAUGGUAGUCCCGCAUCCGAAGUGGUCGUUGGCGCCACUGAAGAGGUAGAUGGCGCCGGGGAGGUCCACGAGGGCAUCGCCAAUGUCCUGACCAACUUCGAACAGUAUGUGCAGGGCCCCAACGGGCAAAUGGUCAAGAUGGAGCCAGAGUACGAGGACAGCGUUAUCUACAGUUGGCAGCAGGCCAUUGCAAAUAAUCCGAUGGGCUUCCAAAGUCUUCACUCCUCGCUGCAAGCAACCAUGAUAGAUAAAAUCCAGAACUACCAGAUGCGGAAGGCGGCGGCCAUCGGGGGUUCGGCCAAACCUAGCACCGCUGGGAGCUCCAGUUCCAGCUCCAAUACCGCUACCUCCAUACUGCCGUAUGGCCUGUUUGGUCAACUGCCGCCAGAAUUCGAUGACGAGGAGAAACCAAAUCCGCCGAAGCGCGGAAGAAAGAGGCAGUCCGCUGGAAGGCAGGGAGAGAAGAGCAAGCAAGCGAAGCCGCAGACCGAGAAUCAAGCGGAGGAGACGGUGAUCUGCUAUCAGGAUGAAUUUGGCAGCUUCGUGGUGGCCCCUAGGUCCGAGGGCGAGGAGAGCGGCCAGGGAUACGAGUCCUGUGAGCAGCACAGCGAGGAGGAGGUGCGCUUCGAGACUUCCGAUGAUUGGCAGAGCGUGAUGAAGACCGUUUUCAGCACUGAGGAAGUUACCACAUCAGCUGGCAACAAUCCUAGUACUUCUGGCUCUAAGGGAUCUGCUAAGAAUGCCGCCUUUUGGAAUUCUAACCAGCAGAUGGUCAAGCGUGAAGGUGCGGUAUUUUCGCAACAACAAUUGGCAGCUCCAAGUAAUGAGCUGGAGCAGCCCUCGGAUUUUGAGACCAUGUUGCCGACUAGCUCCAAUCAACAGGAAAUUGGUGAUAAUCUGCAGGCUGACGAUGUGUUUGCCAGCACCGAGGCGGAAGCUGUGCAGAAUCAGACUUCGCCGCCGCCAUCACAAACCUCCAGUCGAGAGGAGCGUGACCAGUACAAGUGUCUCUAUUAUCUAGUGGAGACUGCUAUGGCCGUGCGCCAGACUGACGACGUCCAGGACGAGGAGUUUGUCUACAUGGGCGACUAGAGCCCCAAAACUAACUAGCCAUGCAAUAGAUCUCGACGAUCCGUUGUACAGAAGCGUGUAUAUAUUUUAGUAACCGCAGUUUCUGCGGAUACUAGAGCCCUAACCUUUGUUAUUAUGUUGAUUGAGUAGGCUACUAACUUAAUGUACAAAUCAUUAGAUCAAUUCACAAUUCAAUCACCCAGUCAAAUACGCAUAUCCGCCGAGUCAAUUCAUGAACAAAUCGGCCCAGUUCUGAACGAAAAUCAAGAGUUGGGCAUGAUUCUUUCAAACUAAAUACGAUUGUGUAUAUUACUGGUAUUAAAAUAAACCAAAAACCUGUGCAUUUGCAAUACACCACAAACUCA